UCGCAGCUCCGACCGAAGAUCAGUCACGCACCCGUCUGUCUCCCUAUCCUCAGCCCUCAGACCGCCGCCACCCUCUCGGAGAACUCGAUUGCUCAGCGUCCUCAAUCGUCCAACUCCGUCAUCCCUCACCGUGUUCUUGCUUCUCGGUUUUCCAGUCCGUUGCCCGUCGAACUCACUGUGCUAGGUUGAGCUGCCUGGUCUCUCAUCUACUCUGCUCUUCUUAGUAUUUGGAAUUGGGAUUCAACAGAGGUGAUAGACAUCUCGUCCUCCAUGUCUCAAACAAGUUCCAAGUGACGAAUAUCUUAGUGAGUUGAUGCUCAAAUUCUAUCCUUCGUGGCAUCAUUCUUCUCUAACGAGCUGAACUUCAGUUUCUUUUUACCGGGUAGUGAUGCUCUAACUGCAUGAUUUUAGUGCUGGAUAGCCAUUGCUAGUUUUCUUCAAUCAGUAAUGGAAGCAGCAACAAUUCUCUCCCACUCCAGGAGAGCCCCUUUUGAUUUCUCUAUUGUUAGCAAUAAACUUUCUCUGAGAACUUUUAGUGGAUAUACCCAUGAUCAUGCCCUUAUCAAUAAUACUUUUCAAUGCUGCUCAAAAUCAAAUCUCAAUGGUUUUCCAUUGAGUUGCACUCUUUAUUCAAACCGUUUUUCUGCAUUGCCAAAACUAAGAAAAAGGAGUAACUUGUUAUCUCCUCCCAGAUUAUCAGUUUCUAGUAAUGCCAAUUCAGAAUCACAUACUCCAAUCCUAAAGCAUCUGACAAACCUUUCCUUUGAUUCAAUAAAGUCAAUCCUGAUACAAUUGACUCCCAUUGAUAUUGUAAAGUGGUCUGGGAUAUUAUCUGUUAUCGUUGCAAUCUCAAAAUGGACUCUGAAUACACUCUUCAACCCCUUCUUCUGGAUGUAUUUCAGCUGGACUUGGUUGUUCUGGCCGUGGAUGGUUGCCCUUGUGGUUGCAGUUUAUGGGUUAUACUGUUUUUGGAAACACCUUCAUGGUGAGGCAACCAUGUUUGAACAGCUGGCUAUAGUUACUUCAAUUUUUACCUGCCUCACUCUUGCCCCUUCUGCAUAUUUCAAUGGCUACCUUGAAGGUUGGCCUUUUGUCUUCUUCUUUGUCUACCAUUACUUCUUUUUCUUCAGUGUUACUGUUAGGAAGCGAUUAUAUGGAGAUUAUUACCUGCGCCCCCAUGACCCUAAAUGGGAUGUGAACCUGCCAAUGUGGAAUCGCCUUUUGUUCAGUGUUGGCAUCAUGGUCGGCCAUUGGCUUGCAGCAUUUGAAGGGCCAGAGCUUCACCAAAUUCCAGGCGGAUGGAAUAACCUUGGUAUCUGGACAUUAAUUAUAGUAACUCUGCUGAUGCAGUAUAAUGCCACGUUGUACCUGUCAAAGUAUUCUGAAAAGGUGAUUGUACCUACUGCUGUUGUGCAAUUCGGACCUUAUCGCUGGAUCCGUCAUCCGAUAUAUUCAUCAACCAUGCUUCUGUUUGUUACUUAUUGCCUUGCCCUCCGAGCACCUUUGAGCCUGCUAUUUGUUGUGGCAGUUUGUUUGUUGUACUACAGGCAGAAGGCAGUGCAGGAGGAGGCUUUGAUGGUUGAGGCUUUUGGCCAGAGGUACACAGAAUAUGCAAGCAAAGUUAAGUACAGGUUUAUUCCUUUUGUUUAUUAAUUGUUUCCCCGAUGCUUGUUAGUUAUCAAAAUCUCACUUGAAUGGUCGUAUUUAGUUUGAAGUAAAAUAGAGAAGUGUUGUGGAUGGAAUGAGUUAUAGUUGUGUCUGUCUGCCUUGUUCUCUUUGCAUCUGGCCAUUUUGAUGAUCUAGUGGUUGCAGUAAAUUGUUGUUAGGGAGAAUGACAUGUAAGUCCCAAGAUAGCCAUUUAAUGCCAAUAAAGUCCCAGGAUGUUCUCAAA